CACAGGGCCGCGUCGGCGGGGAGCGGGGUAGGUGGCGCGCCCGGCCGGCUGACGGGGCGUGGGACGGGCGCGCGCCACCGCCGACCAGUCGCGUGCUGGCGACGGCGGAGGACGGACGCGAGAUUUGGGAGUGCGUGGAGCUGGUCGGUCAGCGGAGACAAACAGACACCAAAAUGCCGAGCGAUGAGAAGGCAUCAGAGCAUAGACGGAUCAACAAGCCAAUCAUGGAGAAGCGGCGGCGGGCGCGCAUCAACGACAGCCUAUCGCAGCUGAAGAGCCUGGUGCUGGAGGGUCUGAAGAAGGACCCGGCGCGUCACUCCAAGCUCGAGAAGGCCGACAUUCUGGAGAUGGCCGUCAAACACCUGCGCUCGCUGCAGGCGCGGCCGGAGCGAGCCGCCGCGCGCUACCGGGAGGGCUACGUCGAGUGUCGUCGGGAGGUGGCCGCCUACCUGAGCCGGGACGCCGGUCUCGACAGCGGCCUCCGGCAGCGGCUGCUCAGCCACCUGGGCGCGGCCGGCGGCGGCGCGGUGGACGGUGGGACCGGGGACGCCGCGCCGGCGCUGUCCCCCGUGCCCGCCAUCAGCGCCGGUCUGGGCAGCCUGCAGCUGCUGCCGGCCACCCUGCCCGGCGGCCAGAUCGCCUUCCUGCUGCCCGGCGCGCUGCCCGGCACAGUGACGGAGAUGGUGACCUCUCCGACCGCGGCCGCCGAGCAGCCCCCGCCGGUCCCGGCGCCGCAGGCCGGCCAGCGCUCCCUGUCCGUCUGUACGGAGCCGGCCGCGGCCAGCGUGGGCGGCUCGGAGGCCUCCUCGUGCAGCGUCGGCUCGGCCAGCCCGGCGCCCUCCUGGGACCCGGCCGAGACGCGCUGUUCGCCCAGCCCCUGCUCGUCGGAGCGGUCGUUCGGCUCGUGCGCCGGCCGUGCCGACAGCCCUCAGCCGCUCGACCUGGUGGCGCACAACCGUCACCACGACGAGGAGGCCCACUGGAGGCCCUGGUAAGGCCGAGCGGGCUCCCACAGGAGGUCCCACUGGUCUCUGACCUGCCAUGUCGGUCGGGCGGCGUCCAGCCGACCUGUACCGCCCCACCUGAGACUGCGCUGUGAUACCUGCCGCGAGCGAUAGUAGCCGAGUGAGAGAGCGGGGCAUUUAGGGGGUCUCUUCCGUCCGCUGUCCUUUUGUACGUGUGUGUCGGUAGGUGCGCUGUCUGCGCGCGGGCGGUGCUCCUGCGCCCGUGAUAGCGCCCACAUUCCGUUGUGCCACAGGAUCAGUGCUGUGUGAUGUCAGUCGCCUCUCCGUAGUGUCGGCAGGGUGCGGUCGACGAGUCAGCGGCCGCCACCCGGGCCAUGCGUGCUUGUAUCCGCUGUGGAGCCUUGUUUUGAAUUGAGCCGUUCAGCUCUGGCGAGUUGCCUGGUUGAUGGCUCACUGUUAUAUGAUAAGACGCCUGCCAUUAUCGCUCGUGAGCAGCAGAUCCCCAUUCGCCCGACGUCAUUACUGGGUGCUAAGCUGCCAGUGUUUACAUAAUACAUGCUCUAGCUGAA